AUGGCGGCACCUUUUUAUGGAAUGAUAAAAGAAGUUCGUGUGAUGCUUGUUGAUAACGACAAAGAGUUUGUUAAUGAGAUGGUUGAUUUGUUAAAGUCUUACGACUAUAAAGUGACGACGAUUGAUAUGGCUUCGGUAGCAAAAGCAAUGUCAAUGUUGUCCAAAGGAAAGGAAAAAAUCGAUGUGAUGAUAAUCAAUGACAAUUCACCUGAUUUUCCGUCCUUUCAAAUUUUAGCUCAAGCUGUAGCCUUGGAUAUCGUUUCACUCUUUUCUCGAAAUGAUGCAGUUGUAUGUGAUGAACACAAUACACUCUCAGCAAAGAAGGUUUUGAAUGAUGGAGCUUACCUUUGCCUGAAAAAGCCAAUUCACGAGGAAAUUGUAAAAUAUUUGUGGCAAUUUGUAUUGAGGAAAAAAAUACAAAGAGAGAAAGUGAGAAAAGGACUAGAAGAAAAUGGAGAUCAGAUAAAUAUUGGUGAUACUAAUGAUGUUGGUAAUAAUGAUAAUAUUGUUGGAGAUGAAGAACAAGUUGGACAGGAGAAUCUGUCUAACACUGAGGAACUGAAUAAUAAUAUUCAUGAGGCUGAAAAUAAUGUUGUAUCUAAUGAAAAAUACAAGCUAAAAAGGAAGAGAGGUAGAAAAAGCACAAAAGAGAUUAAUGAAGGAGAGAGCCAAAACAGUGCUAAUAGGGCUGUUAGGAGAAAGGUCUACAUAGAAUGGACUGUGGAUCUUCAUGCCAAAUUCAUGGAAGCUGUGCAACUACUUGGUGAAGGAGGAUGUUACCCGAAAGAUAUUCUUGAGGUGAUGAAUGUGCCCGGUCUUACUAGGAUACAAGUUGCAAGCCAUCUUCAGAAAUGUCGUAGCAAUAAUUGGAAAGCUCCAAAAGAGAGAAAAUUUAUUCGUCACCCAUCAGGUCAAGAAUUCACAAGUGGUUCUCAACCAAGAAGUAACCUCAGAAAAUUUGGGGCAAUGCCUCAUCUUCAAACAAAUCUGUCAAAUAUACAACAACAACAAUGUAACCCAGAUCAAACCCAGAAAGGCCCAAAGUUUUUGUUUCCAGCACUAAACAACAACGUUUUUGUUAGAGGAGAGAGUUCAACUCAGCAACAGCUAUAUCGCCCACAACUUCAGGUUCAACCCCACUACCUUAGCAUUAACAGCUCAUUCAAUAACUCAUUCUUUUCAGCCCAAAAUAAUGUUGGUGGUGAGAUACAACAACAACAUGGAGCAUUAUUUGGUAUGCUAAGUUCACAAGGACUACAACACCCAAUUAUUGGGAGCACUAAUUAUUGGCUUGGGCUGAAGUCUAAUAGUGGGGAUCAUCAUACUCAAAUUGGUAGCUUGGAUCUUAAUGUGGCCCAUGUAACAACUUAUUCAGAAGACACACUAGUGUCUGAUACAGACAUUGGAAAUGCGACAAUUAAUGAAUUAGGAGAAGCAAAAGCUAAUUUCCAACAAUAUAUUGGUGAACCAAACAUGUCUAAUCCAAGCAAUAUUAUCGCGGCAUCACAUGUGAGUGAUACUGAAGGAAGUGAUUCAAAUGAGAGGGAAAAUUGUGAUGCAUAUUUUGAUUUUGAUAAUAUGGAUAAUCUCUUCCAGAAUCUUGGACCUCCAAGUCCUAACCUGCCUAAUGAAUAUGGCAGUGAGUUUGAUCAAGUUUACUCUGAUGAUCAGGUGGCAGUGACACCGAGUAUCCAAGUUUCAGGAAUAGCAAUUUUUUUCUGACGAAUCAGCAACAUGAUGAUCCUACGCGCUCGAAGACUAUCAGUGAAUUCUCAUAAAGGCUCUUUGUGGUGACGAGUUUAUUUUCAAGUGGAAAUCGCAUCUUUCAUUUUUCUGGAGAUUAUUUUGUUUCAUAUGACUUGAAUUGCUGAAACUAAUGGUAUUUUCCUUUUGUUCAUUUGGAACUAAUAGCUGGUAUUUAGCUUACAUGCUUUCGUUAUUAUCUUGACUUGAGAUUAUAGUUUUGUUCAGUAUCCCAUUAAUCAUUGUGACAUUACAAAAUUUUCGGUUGACUGAUUAUAUAUUAUGGGAUUGAUUAUUUGUGGG